AUGCAACACGAGGUGGAGGCCCUCUGUUCCUCCACUAUGGGCAACCCCAGUAUGCACAGGGAGGCAGGAGCACUUCUUGUGGACCUAGAGACCCUGCAGGAGACGCAGGCUCGGAGCCUAGGCAGACCUGUCAAAUCCUCGAAGCAGUAUCUGCGCCAGGUCAUUGCAGAAUAUGAGGCACUGGACCGAGAGCUCCCAUGCAUCCGCAAGUUCCCCAUGCCACCUGCUGCCCAGCCCCUCUGUCUGUGCAUGGAGACCUCACCUGAAGAGGACCUUACCCACCUGGAGGUGCUGGAGGCGCUGGAGGUCGAGUUACCCGGGGCCAUAGAGAGCGGGCGUGUGAGCAGCAUCCGCUUUGAGAACAUGAACGUCAUCUGUGGGACUGCUGGGCGCCGGAACCGGUGGCUUAUCACGGUCACGGACUUCCAGACUCGCUCGCGCCUACUGCGCUCGGGGCUCCGCCUCCGCGGGCUCCAGCACCCUCUCGUGCGCCACGACGAACUGCUGCUGGGCGAUUACCGCCUGCACCUGCGCCGCUCGCUGGUCCGACGGCGCAUGCUCGAGGCUCUGGGGGCGGAGCCGACCGACGAAGACUGA